UCUCUGCAGGCGGGCGGUGGAAUGGGCGCUCCCGCGAUCACGUGGGCCUUUGUUUACAACCGAAGGGGGGAGGGCGCGAAUGAGACAGUCAGAGCGCGCGGGGUCGUCCACGGUGUCGCCUCGCUCGCUCGCUGCUGCCGCCACCGCCAAUAACAACAACAACAACAACAACAACAACAAAAAAGAAAAAUGUGCACUCGACGAUAAAUGCGUUUCCUCAGCUCGCCGGAGACAGAAGUGAGGGAGAAGGGAGAGCGACGACGAGACAAAAGCCGCGAGGACAAGAUGCCGCGGCCGCGGAGGGAGAGCUUCCUCCUGCUGGAACAGGCCGUCACGGUCGACCCGAAGGAGAUCGAUGCUCUGGUGGCGAAAAUCGGGGAGACGCUGCAGUUUCAGCGGUUGUCCGACGGAGCCGGCGGCAAAACGCAGCAGCAGUAUUGCAACCAGCAGCACUGCAGCUAUUGCAGCCAACAACAUUGCAACCAGCAAUAUUGCAUCCAACAGCAUUGCAACCAGCAAACACAACAACAACAACAGCAGCAUUGCAACCACCAGCAGCAGCAGCAACAACAGCAACAGCCACCUCAUGUCUCCGCCAAGUGCGGCGUAUGUUGCAUGGACCGGUUGAAAGCACCGGGUCGUAACAAGCCCUACCAAGUGCCGGCCCGCUUGCAAAACUCGGGCCAGGCUUCGGCACCGCCGGCCAACCGAGGCAAGACGGCGAGGAGGUCGUCGGCUUACCAGCUGAACGCCCAGCAGAAACUGGAGCAGCUCCUCUCCUCGGGCAACCUGAUCAAAGAGGCGGUGAGGCGCCUCCACAUCGAUCACGGCUACUCGCCCUUCUACGUGGAGAAGAAGAUAGUGGCGGCCGGUGAGUAAAGACGGGCCACUCGUUAUUAUUAUUAUUAUUGGUUCUGUAACCGGUGGAAAACUAACUGCAGGCUGUUUUGUGGCUUAUCAUGGAGAGAAACAUUCACCACCACUGCACCGAUAUCGCUGUGAAACGAAUAGCCUCACCCCCCCCCCCCCCCCCCCCAAAUAACAACAAAAAAAACAAUGAUCUGUCUUAACGUACUGUAUGGUAUUCUAAAUGAAGCCAUUGGGAUCCAUCUUUGCACCAGUCCAAUGACUACAGUGUUUAUUUUUUAAACGAACAAUGAUAAAACCAAGAGUAACCCUUUGGAUGUUUAUUUCAGUCUAACGAUUGCAGUUUUAUUUCAACGGUGGUUACACAUGUUUACAAGAGAAAAUCACGCCGUCUGGUGCUUGCUUUGGAAGAGCCUGACACCGCAAGGUCGUUGCAACGCUGCCCUUGAUUAUUUUUUUCCCUUUGGACUGACUGUUUCCACAGAUGUUUGGAUCCCCAAACUGUUUAUCACUGGUGGACUGGAUACCACAUGGCAGCUGAACCCGCAUUCCAAGAACUCUAGACCCUCCACAUCAGGAAUUCCGCGAACUGUUUACAGGACGUGUCGUUGGGUUUGGGACCUGGUUUAAUGGGUUAAUAAGUUGUUAUUUAAUAGCCCCUUAAUUUUCGCUACAAUGAAUAAGGUGUAUACUUCGUAACGGAGUAUUCUGUUGUUCCUGUUGUCCAGGAAUUGAUGUCGAAUAAAAUAUUGCAGUUAAACAACACAUUA